GAAAAAAUUUAAAUUCGGGAUAUUUUUUUUAGAAUUAAAGUGAAGACAAACUAACAAUGGCGUACCCAGAAGUGAAAUAUGGAAAUGUGGACGGUGUGUUUGAGUAUCCUCCUCCACCGCCCCUAGAUAUAGAACUACCUGAAGAUCCGGCGGAUAAAUUAAUUUCUUUUCCCGAUACAAAGGUGGAUAUCACGAACACAGCCAUUGAAAACACUUUGGGGUCACGUGAAAAAGUCAUAUCGUCAUGGAAACAACAUAUAAGGAAUUACCGAUCGAAGAUUCUAUGUGUGACGUUGCUAGCUCUCUACACCGUUUACAUCGUAUGCUCUUUACUAUAUGAUCAUGACAGUGCAGUUUUUGUAUGCCUGCUGGAGGUGGUGUUUCUGAUCGUUUUAAUCAUCAAAGUCUUCAAAGUUGACAUUUGGCGGCCUAUCAUUUUAUUGCACAAGAAAUGGCUGUUUCACGUUACACGACCCGUCCGGAAUAAAAUACGUGUAAUCGUUACAGUGGUGGUGUCCCUUAUUAUGGCUGCUUUCCUUGUCUGGGACGUCUGGCCCGAUUUCCACAGAUUUAUCCCGCUCGGUGGAAUGGCGCUCUUUGUAAUAUUCACCUUGGUGACUUCAACGGCUCCCAAAAAGAUUUCGUGGAUGACCGUGACAUGGGGGAUCCUGCUCCAGUUUGGGAUGGGAGUCGUAAUUCUGAGGUGGCCCCCGGGAUACGCUGCCUGUAAAUUUCUGGGGGACAGCGUCAGUCAGUUUCUGUCCUACACAGACGAAGGAUCUAAGUUUGUGUUUGGCAACAAGGGUUAUAAACUCCAUCCAGUUAUCUUUGUGGUUCUUCCAACGGUCAUCUUCUUCAGUGCUGUUGUAUCAAUUCUGUAUUAUCUUGGGAUCAUGCAAUUCGUAAUUCGUGCUAUUGCUGCCGUCUUGCGAUUUGUCAUGCAGACGACACCAAUAGAAUCAUUUGCUACCGCAGCUCAUAUUUUCAUUGGUCAGGUCGCUUCAAGUGUUGUGCUGAAGCCAUUCUUGAACGACUUGACGUCUUCCGAGUUGCAUGCCGUCCUGACUAGCGGAUUCGCUACUGUCGCUGGAACCGUCGUCGCUGCUUAUAUUGAAUUCGGGGUCCCUGCUGAGCACGUCAUUUCCGCAUCCUUCAUGUCAGCGCCGGCGGCGCUUGCGGUCUCAAAAAUUGCCUUUCCAGAAACGAAAAUUCCAAAACAGAAUAUAGGCAAGAAUAUGGAGUUGGAAAUCGGGAAAGAGCGUAACAUUAUGGAAGCAGCAUCAGUAGGAGCAAUGGGGGCCAUUAAACUGAUUGCUAACGUCAUCGUCAAUCUCGUCGCUUUUAUCGCCCUCCUCUCCUUUCUAGAUGCGACUUUAUCCUAUUUUGGUAGUCGAGUUGGAUACCCAGAAUUAUCCUUUGAUUUUGUGUGUUCGUACCUAUUCAUGCCUCUGGCUUUCGUGAUGGGAAUCCCAUGGUCCCAGUGCUGGGUGGUUGGUAAACUGAUUGGAAAGAAAAUCGUCAUCAACGAAUUUUUGGCCUUUGCGGAGCUUGGUGGAUACAUUAAGACUGGAGAGAUUCAGGGAAUCAGUGUGGUGGUAUCCACCUACAUUCUGUGUGGGUUCGGCAGUAUAGCCGCCAUGGGGAUCAAUCUUGGCGCGCUCUCGGCCGCAGAACCACGAAAACGUCAGGAAUUUGCCAAACGGAUGCUGCGCGCCUUGGUGGCGGGAAAUGUGGCUUGUUUUAUGACAGCAUGUGUAGCUGGGAUACUUUAUCAGGACGUUUCACAGCUAACCCACAACUCAAUGACCAAUACAUCAGAAAUUUUGAACAAUGUUACAAACCAGUUUUACAAUACGACAGAAAUACAGAUGGUUACUAUCGGAAUACGAGACCCAUAACACAGAAAUACAGAUUGUUACUAUCGAAAUACGAGACCCAUAACACAGAAAUACAGAUUGUUACUAUCGGAAUACGAGACCCAUAACACAGAAAUACAGAUUGUUACUAUCGGAAUACGAGACCCAUAACACAGAAAUACAGAUUGUUACUAUCGGAAUACGAGACCCAUAACACAGAAAUACAGAUUGUUACUAUCGGAAUACGAGACCCAUAACACAGAUUGUUACUAUAUCGGAAUACGAGACCCAUAACACAGAUUGUUACUAUCGGAAUACGAGACCCAUAACACAGAUUGUUACUAUCGGAAUACGAGACCCAUAACAUAGAUUGUUACUAUAUCGGAAUACGAGACCCAUAACACAGAUUGUUACUAUCGGAAUACGAGACCCAUAACAUAGAAAUACAGAUUGUUACUAUCGGAAUACGAGACCCAUAACACAGAUUGUAACUAUAUCGGAAUACGAGACCCAUAACACAGAUUGUAACUAUAUCGGAAUACGAGACCCAUAACACAGAUUGUUACUAUCGGAAUACGAGACCCAUAACAUAGAUUGUAACUAUAUCGGAAUACGAGACCCAUAACACAGAUUGUAACUAUAUCGGAAUACGAGACCCAUAACACAGAUUGUUACUAUCGGAAUACGAGACCCAUAACACAGAUUGUUACUAUCGGAAUACGAGACCCAUAACAUAGAUUGUUACUAUAUCGGAAUACGAGACCCAUAACACAGAUUGUUACUAUCGGAAUACGAGACCCAUAACAUAGAAAUACAGAUUGUUACUAUCGGAAUACGAGACCCAUAACACAGAUUGUAACUAUAUCGGAAUACGAGACCCAUAACACAGAUUGUAACUAUAUCGGAAUACGAGACCCAUAACACAGAUUGUUACUAUCGGAAUACGAGACCCAUAACAUAGAUUGUAACUAUAUCGGAAUACGAGACCCAUAACACAGAAAUACAGAUUGUUACUAUCGGAAUACGAGACCCAUAACACAGAUUGUUACUAUAUCGGAAUACGAGACCCAUAACACAGAUUGUAACUAUAUCGGAAUACGAGACCCAUAACAUAGAUUGUUACUAUAUCGGAAUACGAGACCCAUAACAUAGAUUGUUACU